AUGCCAACCCGGGCACUGCUGCCCAUCCUGCUUCUUUGUGUGCUGCUGCUGCAGGCCCAGGGAGGGCCCCGUAACUGGAAGAGAAUGCAGAAUAUGCAGCUACCCACAGAAAUCAAGGAGUGUGAGAAAAGAGUGAAAAUACAGAUGUGCAAACACCACUGUGAAUAUCACCAAGAAUGCCAAGCAAAUAACAUAUGCUGUUCAACCUUCUGCGGGAAUGUUUGCCUGAACAUCCUCUGA